CUGUUAGCUAGCCUGUUAGCUGGCUAACUCAGAGCUUGUCACUCUGUCAACAAGUUGUGUUCAGGAUGGACUGCGCAGCGCUGGAGCUCGAUGCUGUCAAAUUUGCUAAAACAGCUGUCACCUAUGACCAGAAUGGCAAAUAUAACGAGGCUGUAUUUUAUUAUAAGGAGGCAGCCCAGGCCCUGAUAUAUGCUGGCAUGGCAGGGUCCAAACUGGAGGCGAUCCAGGACAAAGUGAAUGAAUACUUGGAUCGCGUCCAAGCCCUCCACAAUGCUGUCCAGGCACAGAAGAGCGACCCGCUGAAGUCCCGGCAGCAGGUGGACCUGGAGCGCGCCCACUUCCUGGUCACCCAGGCCUUCGAGGAGGACGAGAAGGAAAAUGAUGAUGAAGCCAUUGAACUGUACACUCAGGCUGUGGAACUGUGCAUUAAGACGUCCAAUGAGACAUCGGACCAGGUACUGCAGACCAAGCUGAAGCAGCUAGCACGUCAGGCUUUAGACAGGGCAGAAGGUCUUAAAGAGUCCCAGUCCAAAUCAACUCAAGCCCAGACUCAGGACAGGACGGGGCCCUCGGGAACCAAGCCUGUCAGUGGUGGCAAUUCCGGGGGACCAGUCCGUCAGUUUUUCCCCCUCGGGCCAGACUUCACCAUCCACGACCGACUUCAGCCGCAGCCGGUCCGGGCAGUCCAGUCCACUGAGCCCCAGGGUCAGCGCUACACAUCUGAAGAGAUCGAGGUGCUCAGGAGUACAUCUACAAUCAAUGGCAUAGCCUAUGUGCCGUUCAUGAGUGUGGACCUGAAGGAGCGAUUUGCCUUUCCUGUCCCUUUCUCGGACAAAACAGGGAAACUGGCACUGUCACCCAAACAGAAAGCAAUCUUCUCCCGCUGGGUCCGGCCAGACGAGCUCUGCAAUAACCCCACCAUGAUCAUGUCCGUGUCCAGCUUCAGUAUCAAACAGACGGUGGUGUCUGACUGUUCCUUUGUGGCAUCACUAGCCAUCAGCGCCGCCUACGAGCGGCGCUACAACAAGAAACUUAUCACCAGCAUCAUCUACCCUCAGAACAGGCGAGGAGAACCAGAAUAUAACCCCUGUGGGAAGUACAUGGUCAAGCUUCACAUCAAUGGAGUUCCCAGGAAGGUGAUUAUAGACGACUACUUGCCAGUGGAUCGCAACGGAGAGCUGCUGUGCUCCUACUCCAGCAACAGGAACGAGCUCUGGGUGUCCCUGAUAGAGAAAGCCUACAUGAAGGUGAUGGGAGGCUAUGACUUCCCUGGUUCCAACUCGAACAUUGAUUUGCAUGCGCUCACUGGCUGGAUCCCCGAACGCAUCGCUAUGCACUCUGACAAUCAGUCGUUCAGCAAGGACGGCACCUUCCGCAUGCUCUUCCAGAGGUUUCACAGGGGGGACGUCCUCAUCACCACGGCAACGGGGGUGAUGACAGAAGAAGAGGGGGAUAGAUGGGGUUUAGUGCCAACACACGCCUACGCUGUUCUUGACAUCAGGGAAUACAAGGGAAUGCGUUUUCUGCAGCUGAAGAAUCCAUGGAGUCAUCUGCGGUGGAAGGGGCGCUACAGUGAGCGAGAUGAGAAGAACUGGACACCCGAACUCCUCAAAUACCUCAACUUUGACCCCAAGACGGCACAAAAGUUCGAUAAUGGUGUUUUCUGGAUCUCAUGGGAGGACCUUUGUCAGUACUAUGAUGUCAUCUACCUGAGCUGGAGCCCUGCCCUGUUCAAAGAGUCCUCCUGUAUUCACAGUAGCUGGGAUGGAAAGCAGGGCCCAGUGAAAGAUGUCUACAGUCUGGCCAACAAUCCCCAGUACAAGCUGGAGGUCCAGUGUCCAGCAGGUGGAGCUGCUGUGUGGGUACUGCUCACCAGGCACAUCACUGACAAGGAUGAUUUUGCACAAAACAGGGAGUUUAUCACCCUGGUAGUUUACAAGACAGAUGGGAAGAAGGUUUACUACCCAGCGGACCCCCCUCCUUACAUCGAUGGCAUCCGCAUCAAUAGCCCACACUACCUGACCAAGAUCAGACUGACCAGCGCAGGGACACACACCUUCACACUGGUGGUUUCCCAGUACGAGAAACAAAACACCAUCAACUACACACUACGGGUGUAUUCUGGAUGCAAAUUCACCUUCUCCAAGAUCCCAAAUCCGUUCACUCACACCAAAAGGAUCAAUGGCCAGUGGAAGGGGCUCAGUGCUGGAGGUUGUGGGAACUAUAAGGACUCAUACAAACACAACCCAAUCUAUCAGAUUAACCUGGAGCGGUCGGCACCGCUGCUCAUCGAGCUCCGAGGAUCCAGGCAGUACAGUGUCGGUUUUGAGGUGGUGACCGUGUCGAUGGUGGGGGAUCCGGGUCCAGCAGCCUUCCAGAAGAAGAGCAGCGGAGAUUACAGAUGUGGUUUCUGCUACAUGGAGGCAGACCACGUCCCAGCAGGCAUCUACAACGUCAUCCCCACCACCUUCCUCCCCAAACAGGAAGGACCCUUCUUUUUGGACUUCGCCAGUACCUCGACCCUCAAGGUCUCGCAGCUCCAAUGAAGAUGGAGCUGGAGACAGGACGGGGCAGGGAUUGGGAGGAAGGUACUCGUCAGGGCAUCAAGGGAUAUUUCAGAUAUUUCUCAUUGAAUGUGAUCAGGUGUCAAGCCUUCCAUAAUGCUCAAAGAGCCCAGAAUGUGACUGGCAGCAUAAUCUGCACACCAUCUCAAACAGCCUUUCCCUGUCCUCUCUCGCUGAAUCCAUUGCUGACGUAAAUGGACAGAUGGUGGGCUUGAACUUCAACAUUGAUUUGAUGAUACCACACGGCUAUGGUGAAGGAAUAAAUUAUUAAAAAGGAGCCAUCAAGAGGAAUUUCAGUAUGGAAUAGAAACCCGUCAACCGUCAAGGUGUUUUGGGACAGAAUAAAAUGCACUGUCACCAAAAAAUAAAGAGGCAACAGACAAAGUGAUCGUGAUUUAAAGCGGGUAUUUUUGCCAGGAUAAGAUAGACACCGCAUCUACUGUAUGUACCUCCACCAGAUGGAUUAAUUAGCAUCAGCGUUGUUGUUCUGAUAAAACAGUCAAAUCUGACGGAUUUCAUGAGACGACAGUAACAAAGUGACCACAUCCUGGUCUUGACUGGAUGUGGAGAAGUAACAGGGUUGAACAGGUUUGGUGUCAAGGCUGCCUGAAAGCAGCAAAUUCUUUUCCGUUGUUUUUUUUUUUUUUUUUUUUUUUGCUGCAGUGAGCACCUCGUCAGUACAGAAGUGAAUUCUGUAAGGGGGGGGUCCAACACCUUUGGGAUGAACUGUAAUACCAACUGUGUGCCAGACCUUAUCACCCAACAUCAGUGCUGGACCUCACUAAUGGUCUUGUGUCCGAAUGGAAGCUAAUCCCUGCAUCCAGGUUCCAACAUCUGGUAGAAAGCUCAAAGCCAGACGAGCGCAGGCUUUUAGAGCAGCUCAUUAAUGGCCACGGUUUAAGAAUGACAUGUUCAGCUAUCACAUAUGGCUGGAAUGUUUAGUUCUCUAUAUGCUUUCCGCCAAGUCGUAGAUCUCAGUUGGGACUUUGGAUGCUAUUUGACAAUGAUUUUAGGACAUCGGCCUUGGUUUCCUGUUAGAAAAUCAGACCGGUGACAGCCCAGCCAUCGAUACGUACAGGCGGGCGAAGGAAGGGUUCACGAUGAUGUCUCAGUCAAAGAGAGCAUGACCCGUCAAUCAUCUAGUGCAUAGCCAAUUUGAAACGACAGCUGUCUCUGGUAAAUACAUCCAUAGACCUGCCAAGUAACGACAAGCUUCUUAACAAAAAGCGGAAAUACCAUCUAUUUGGUUUCUAUUUGGUAUUUUCGUAUAAAUUCCAAAGCACGCUGUUUGGAGCUAUAAAUAAAAUAAUCUGAAAGGAAUAAAAUUUGGGUUCAUGAAAACCCAUGCAUGUACACAUGAAAAGCCAUGGAAAAGUUACUGAACGUGUCCAGGACCACAGCAUUUGUCAGACGUUUGAGAUGCUCAUUACUGCAAAACUACUGGAAGAAGAAGCAGUUGUUUGAUACUGGCAGCCUACAAAACAAAACGUUUUUCCUCUUUGCCAAAAUAGUAAAAGCUGUUUUUAGGGUCUGACAGGUUGAAGGGACACUUGGUUUUCUUCAAAUGACCGUGAAGGUUAUUUUUAUUCUCAGGAGCAGUGCAGCAGAGCAGCACCACAGGGAAUCCAGUAUGGCAGCGGCUGAAUGAUGUCACUUUGAAUGUUUUCUGUGGAUGUGACGGCUGAGUGAGAAUUAUCGGCCUGAUUUCACUGACAGGCCUCACGUCAGCACUCGGCUUGAGACAGUUUUCAGUGUGAAAAGUUUCUUUUGGGUGACGUCUCCCAUCAGCAGCCAGCCAUCUACAGAUGCUGCUGCUGCUGAACUCCGUGCUGCUUUUCUCCGCGCCACUAGCACAAAGCUUUGCAGUUUUCGUCUCAAAUCCCGUGGCAACAGCGUUUGUUGAGACGACGGAAGUGCUUCGGUGGACUUGCUGAAUGAGAUUUGGAUCCGGGCUACACGUUGCGGUGUGAGCCCAUCCAGCAACGUUGAGUGUUAAAUUUAACGUGAAGGUUAUGUCGCAUCACGUGGAAGCAUUCGUCCGGUAGCUCACUCGGUACAGUAACCGUAUAUACAGACAUUUGUGUCUGAAAAACAUCCAAACAAGCACCAACUGACUUUCAGUCAUGAGUCAAACAUUGUCACUAGAGCCUUUUAUUAUGUUGCAACUUACCACUCGAACAUACACUCGGUUUAUUAGAUACACCCGGCUAAAACUACCACAGUCCAAUACAACGGUCCUGAGAUCAACUCUGCCUACAUGAAGGUUUUAAUGUGUAUUUUUCGUCGAAACUGUUUUGGAGAGGUGUGGAUUCCACUCUACGGUAAUUUUGGAGGCUGCGGUUUGUGUUGCUGUUGAAUUGUAUUGUGUGUGUGUAUACUGACAGAAAUGCCUCUCUGUGUAGAGCAACACAGUUCAGCAGCACCACAAGCUACACCCUCCAAAAAUGACCACACAGUUGACUCAAUGACUCUCGAAAGCAAUUUCAACAAAAACUGAACAUUAUAACCCAUCACGAAGGGGGAUUUACUGCAGGACUGUUGUAUCAGACUGCAUCAGUUUUAGCUCGUGUACCUAAUAAACUCUCAAACUAAAAUCAUGCUCUUGUUUUUUCUUUGGAAAAAAAAUGAACAUAACAUAAAAGUUGAUUCUUGACCUUGGGAACAUAGUUUGGGAACUCAAGGUACACAUUACUAUCUCUUUUAUCAGCUUUCAACUGCGUCUCUCACGAGGUUUUUGCUUAGUUGUCACCAAGUUUUUGACAACUGAGCAAUUUUUUGAAUUUGCUGAUGAGACGCAAUUGAAAGCUCAAGAAAAAAACCUGGUGAGUGGAGGUUGAGGUGAGAUUUCUUUGUCCGUUACCUUAUUUCCAGCCAGGGACAGCUUACAUUCGCGCAGUGCCCUUAAGUCCCACGCGUUUCCCCAUUCGUGGAGUGAAUCUGAUUGCGGCGUACGGCAGACCACCCAGGGUCACAUAAGUGUUGAGACUCCGUGUCCACAAACGCGAACCUUUUUGUGUGUUUUCUGAGCAUGAUGCACAGUUGUACGCUGCCGUGAGUAAAUCUAAAGUCACUGUCACACAGCCCAGUGGCGUCUUCAACUACUGAUUAUUACAUUUUAAUCGACUAUUUAGCCAGUUAAGUGUGAUAAGAAUUGUGGAAAAUGUCCCACACAAGUCCCUAGACGCUAAGGUAACAUCUUCACACUGCUUAAAAUGUAAACAGUCCGAACCUCAAAAUAUUAAAUUUAUACGGUGAUUUAUAAAAAUGCAAACCGUCACAUUUCUGAAUCAGAAUUGUUGCUGAUAUAUUUUCAAGACUUUUAAAAUCAACGGGGCCACAUAGCGGCUCACAGUGACUCAACACAGAGAUAAACCUUGACCUGUUUCACGGUGAUGCUCCGAGGGAACACGCUGACAAUUUUUCUCUUCUAAUCUCUGUUAACAGUCCCUCAUAGUAAAACCAGUGCUGACUGGAGCUUGACUGUCAGUGAACGCUUGCGUGCUACAAGGUCGAAAUGUUCUUUUUUCAGAGUAAUAUAUAGCUUUAAAUGUCCAUUGCCAAGCACUUCUGUCGAAUGUCCACUUGUUCAUUAACGAUGAAUCUGAAAAACUGUUAAGAGUGCCCCGUCUUUGUCACCGUAUUCAGUUACUGUGGCAACAAGCCAACUCGUUUAGAGAUGCAGCAGGACAAUCUUGCAGCGACCUGUUGUAUGAAUGACGAUGUAAUGUUUGCAGAACUUGCACUAAAUGUUGGGUAGACCGAUGUGUUCAAACCUUGAAUACAGAAAAUGAAAUCUG